UAGGCCGGGGCGGCUGCCCGUCUCGCGCGGGGCCGGAGGGGCGGGGGUUCCGGUUCCGGUGUGGAGGCGGCGGCAGCAGCAGCAGCAGCAGCAGCAGCAGCAGCAGCAGCGCUGGCGGCCAAGCGAGCGUCGGAGGGGGCCGGGCCCAGCGCGGCGAGGACAACACGCCAGGCCCGCUCCCGCCCGGCAGGCAGCCCGCCAUGAGGCGGCGUCGGCGGGAGCAGCAGCAUCAGCCGCCCCUCGAGCCCUGAAGGCAGCCGAGCGCCGUAGGCCCCGACCCGCCUGAGGGGGAGCCGGCCCAGCCAUGGACAACCAGUGUACAGUCCAGGUGAAGUUGGAGCUCGGACACCGUGCCCAGCUGCGCAAGAAGCCCACCACAGAGGGCUUCACCCACGACUGGAUGGUGUUCGUACGAGGCCCGGAACAGUUUGAGAUUCAGCACUUUGUGGAGAGGGUGGUCUUCCGUCUCCAUCAGAGCUUCCCUAAACCAAAACGUGUUUGCAAAGAGCCCCCUUACAAAGUGGAGGAGUCCGGCUACGCGGGGUUCAUUAUGCCCAUUGAGGUCUACUUCAAGAAUAAGGAGGAACCGAAGAAAGUGUGCUUCACCUACGACCUUUUCCUCAACCUGGAAGGAAACCCGCCGGUGAAUCACCUGCGCUGCGAGAAACUCACCUUCAACAACCCCACCAAGGAAUUCCGUCACAAGCUCAUCAAAGCCGGAGGGGUGAUGGUCAUGCCAGAAGGUGCCGAAACCGUCUCCAGGCCGAGUCCUGACUACCCCAUGCUUCCUACCAUCCCCCUCUCGGCCUUCUCUGAUCCUAAGAAGUCCAAGCCAUCUCAUGGGUCAAAGGAGGUGAACAAAGAGGGGGGCAAACUCCCCAAGUCCCACAAAGUCACCCGGGAGCACCGGGAGAGGCCCCGGAAAGACUCAGAGAGCAAAGGCUCCUCGCGAGACCCAGAGCGGGAAGCUGGCAAGGCCGCCAAGGAGCCCUCCAAGAAACACGCCACCGAGAACAAAGGCCCGAAGGAGGAGAAGCCCCUCCCCAAGGCCGCCCUCAAGGAGGCCAAGCUGGCCCUGAAGGAGCACAAGCUGGAGAACGCCUCGCCCAAGGUGGGGGCGCCCCCGGCCCCCGAAGGGAAGCCCUCGGCCAAGCGGCCCCUGGCGGUGGAGUCGCCCAAGCCCAUGGCCAAGAAGCCCAAGAAGAACAGCUCCAAGGGAGCCAAGACCCUCCCCACCAACGCCCACCGGACCACCACUACCACCACCACCACCACCUCCUCCUCCUCCUCUGCCUCCUACGCGGAGAAGAAACUGCCCAAGGAGAAGGGGCCCAGCGCCAAAGCCGAGAAGGCCAAGCCGGAGAGCGAAGCCAAGGCCAUGAAGAAGCCCGUGGAGGUGACCGUGGCCGAGGAGUCCAACUCGGAGGACGAGGCCUCACUCAAGUCCGAGUCUGCCGUUUCCAGUCCUUCCAACUCCAGUUCCAGUUCCGACUCCAGCUCCGACUCAGAUUUCGAGCCCUCUCAGAACCACAGUCAAGGGCCGCUGCGUUCCAUGGUGGAGGACCUGCAGUCAGAAGAAUCGGACGAUGACGAUACUUCCUCCGAAGAAGAGGUGGCCGUGAAGUCCACGCCCAUCAGCAGAGAGGCCAGGCUCAGCCACAGCGACAGCGACACCGACAACAGCGCCGACUCCUGCCUGCCGAGUCGAGACACGCCCCCGCGGCAGAAGGGCCCCUCCGCCAACAAUAAGGUGUCCGGCAGGAAAAGUCCGGAGUCCUGCAAUAAACCGGAGAAGAUCUUAAAGAAAGGGACUUACGACAAGGCCUACACAGAUGAGUUGGUGGAGCUCCACCGGCGGCUGAUGGCUUUACGGGAGCGCAACGUCCUGCAGCAGAUCGUCAACCUGAUUGAAGAGACGGGCCACUUCAACGUCACCAACACCACCUUCGACUUCGACCUCUUCUCCCUGGACGAGACCACCGUCCGGAAGCUGCAGAGCUACCUGGAGGCGGUGGCCACGUGACCCUCGGCCUCGGGAGGAGGACCCACCCACUUCUCUUCGGUCUCUCUGGGAUUAGGACAGGGGGCCCCGCACCCUGGACUGCGGCCGCUGCCUUACUCGCCCCUCUCGCCCGAAGCACUGCCUUAGGGAUCAGCCAUGCGCUAGGAAGAACCCUGCCACCACCUCCAACGCUGCCCCGGACUCCGUUUCUCUCCUUUCGGCCUUCAGCUGAGCGCUCGCCUCUGGCCACCGUCCUCUUGCCCCCCACCCUCCCUUUGCUCUGGAGCCCCUCCCGGCGACAGCAGGAUUUGAUCCCAGCCAGCCUCCGUCUUCUCCUUCCAGCUGGUCGUUUUCAAGCAAGAGAGUUUUGGGGAGGGGGUGUGUGUCGUUUUCAGAUACAUAUAUACAGUAUAUAUAUCUUAUAUGUACACGCAAACACACUUGGGGUCAGCCUGGAAUGGACGCAGCGCUUGCUUCCGUUGGACUUGCAGCCUCUUCCCCUGGGAACGCCCGCGUGUGGAUCUGUGCCGGCACCUGCCCUACGCGGCCAUCGGUUGGCUCGAACGUCAGUCUUCCUGCAGCAAUUAUCGGUGGCCGGAAACUUCUGCCCCGCCGGCCGCCAUGGGUGAAAGGAGCCAGCUUUGCGCUGCGGGCUGGCGACCCCGCUGGAUGUGCCCACGCGGUGCGCUCGGAUCGGGCAGAGUCCGGCACACCGAGGCUCUUCGGCAAAGGAUUUCCGGCCGUUGUGCGGCUUCCCUGGAGUCUCUUAAGGCGCCGCCGUUCUCGGUUCCCGGUUCGUUCCAGUUUUUUUGAUGGGCUCGGACCGUAAGGACGACCUUAAUUGUACGAUUGUCCGUUUUCCACGCAUACCUACAGAUAACCCGCUCGCUAUCUGUACGUAUGUCCCUAUAUGUAUUUACGGUGUAAAGGAAAAAAAAAAGGAAAAAGGCCAGAAGGGGCCUUGGGGGUCCGGAAAGAGGGUGAAAGGGGGGGGGGGGGUCUGAAGGUUUCUUUUUUAUAAAAAAAGGAAAAGGUGAAAUAGGGCUUUCGCGCUCCCUUCGGUCGGUUUGUUCAAGGGGGCAGUUUUUGUAGUGAUUUAGAAGCGGGGUGGGGUGUGGGAGGGAGUUGGGCCGAAGGCUCCCGCGGACUCCCUCUGUGCUGCGUUUGUCAGUCAGUUUCAAUUCGUUAUCUGUUCAAGGAACUUUUUUCCUCUCUUUUUUUUGGCCAAAAUUGAGCCCCCCCCCCCCCUUUCAACAUCUGCUCCGGGUUCCGCGCAGCCAGUUUGAAGCGAAAGAGGUCCUCAAAACGUGUCGUUAUUAUUUUUUGCCCCCGUUUCCUUUUCUUCCUUUGGAAAAGGCUCCUUUUGCGAUUCCCCAGGGUUUGCGAAAACGGACUCUGGUCUUCUCAGACGAGCCGUGGGAAUAUUUGUACAUAUUCCUCACUCACCCAGCCACGGUGGGCCCUGCGGAGCGUAUUAAGGCAAGGCCAGGCCCUAAAAUCAUGCGUAUACACACACACACACACACACACACACAGAGUCCUCCCCUCCACCUUCCCUUUUUAGCAUUUAAAGACGCAUCGAGACGCCUGCAAGAAAGUUGUGUGGGAUCCUGUCCGGGCCUUGUGGGAACAAAGCCCCCUCCCCUCUCUCCUUCCGAGGCUGCCGAUGGGAACCCGGGGGGGCGGGGCGGGCAGGAGCUCCACCUUCGGCCGAACGUGAUCUGCUUGUGCGCCGGGACAGAAAAUGUAGCCGGCGGCUAAAAUUUUCUAUUUCGCCUUUCAGAGGGAAUCGUCCCCUGUUUCCAGAUCCUUCCUUCCCCAUCGCUCCCCUCCAAGACUGACGUGGCAAUAAGCCGAUCCGAGUGAGGUCAUGUUGACCCUGUUCCCAGGUGACCCCUUCCCGUCCCUUUUUAUUUGGGGGGGGGGGUGUUGUUUUUUGCUGUCUCUCUGUGUACACAACGUUGUUUGCAAAUGUUUUUGAGAUGUCAGGUUGCCUCCAGCCGCCCCGGCUUUUUGGCAAGGCUUUGAGCCAGGUGGACAUUUCCCAAUCUGCCCAGCGGAGAAAGAGUGGACAAGCCCUGGCACAGGUCCAGCCGCUUGUCUCGGUGGCAUCCCACGGGGGCAGCCACGCUCUGCUCGGCCAGCAACACUACCGCUGAGGUCAGCCUCUCCCCACCCCAGCAGAACUGCUUGCGACCGCUGUAAAAAUGAAUCCCCCCCCCAAAGCAAGGGCUGAAUUCCCCCCCAUAAAAAUCUCAAAUCUCCCCAUUUAGUCACAAUCCCCCCCCUCCCUCUCCGUAGGUUUGAAGCUGCUUGGAAGAGAAAGGCUCCCAUGUGCUUCCAGAGGGCGGAGGGUCCUGGCACUUGGCCGGGGAGGUCAAAAGGGCUGGGCUGGGGUCCUCCUGAAUUAAUGCUCAGAGGCCCCUGCCACAAAAAGGGAGGGGUCUCUUCCUCUGGAAGAAGGCCUUUGGAGAGCUGGCUAGGGAGAAAGAUGCCCGCAUCCCACCUCCCCAAAAGGCAGUGGCCUCCGGUCAGCGGUUUCGUGUUUCUAGGGGGCCUGAUUCAGGUCCCCAAAUUACUUUUGUUUCUCUGCCCCACCACUUGGCUCCCCCAAAGGUGGGUGUUUCGUGGUGGGGCAGUAGCCCCCCAAAACGGCUGGCUGACCAGAGGACCCGUCUCUUCCUCCCCCCCCCCCUUUUCCCGGUAGAUGAUUCUCUCUUAGGCGCGGCUGUGUUUGUGGGUGUGAUGUGAUUGUCUUGUGCGUCGUCCCCUCUGCCCCUUCGGACUUCCUGCUUUUAUCUUCCCCCAUCCGAUGCUCACGUCAGGUGGGAAAAUUCAAGAGCCGUUUCCACCCAGGCGGAGGGACUCCGGUUGCAAAGGGUCACUUGAGCCUCACGGACCUUUUCCCCUAAACUAAGACCCAGCUGGAGAAUAAGCCCUCGCAUGGUUUCUUUUCAGGAUGCUCGUAAUAUAAGACCUAUCCCAAAAUUAAGCCCCAGUUACGCUCGUCAGCCAGACGGACGCAGUGAGUACCGUAUUUUCCCCAAAAGUAAGGCUUACUGGGAAACGAGCCCUGAUGCCGUAGAGGCACACGGCGCCAUCCUGUGCAGGAUGCGUGGCCUCACUGGCUCCUUUCCGUGUUCCUGUGCACAUACGUGUACUGGCCCUGAACUCCAGAAGAGCAGCAUUCCGGCACACAUUUCCACACCGGCACUCGGACUUCCGGGUCUCCCUAGUGUGGCAGCCAGCUGUUGGUUGGGGCGGAAAUUUGGGUGCCAGCGCAUGCGUGCGUGCCAGAAUGCUGCUCUUCCAGGUUCUGACGCGCGGGAAGGCAAGCGCGGGCACAGAAAUGGUUGGCCUUCACUGUGCUAAUAAUAUGUCUCUUGUAGCAAAAAUCAAUAUAAGACCCAGUCUUAUUUUGGGGGAAACGCAGUAUAUGUAUGUGCGUGCGUGCGUGUGUGUCUACACACACUCAUCUGGAAGGGGAGGAUAACAUUUGAGCAAGGUGUGAAACUUUGGAAGUUCUGCUAUUUUUCCUCCCCUCUGAUUUAUUGGGCUUCCCUCGUUUCAGAAGGAGAUUUGCAGGAGCAGAAAGUCGAAAGUGUAUAGAACGCAGCGCAAUUUUGUGUGGAUUUAUUAAUUCCGGACCUUGUUGAGUGGGGGCGACUGGCGACUUCCUAAUCCGGGCCAGGAGUCCCCAAUCAUGGUUAACCAGAGAGGCGGCACAACUCAAAAAACAUUGUGGUAGCAUUUCGUUGGAGGUGGUGGGCUUUUCCUGGCACACACCCCCCCCAAACCUCACCUCUCGGAGCCAAGGUGGACUUUGUGCUGGGGGGGGGGGGGGUCAACCAACCUUGGCUGUCAGCCCCGUCAACGUGGCUCAGCAGUUCUUGCUCUUUUUCUGGCCGUCGCCAAAAUAAAUAAUUGACAGAAUUCGGUGAUUUCCUGGGACGAAUUGACCCAGGGCACAAAAGACCCCCCGAGUAUUUUUAGCGCAACGGCCCGGAAUGAGCAAAACUCUCCCUUCCCUCCGACGCCACGUAGGCGCUUCUCCGUUUUGCCAGAAGAAAAGUAUUUCACAAGCCGCGUUGAGUUUGUCUUCCUCGGUUUCUCUUUCGUUUUGGCAGCCAAGAAGGGGUUGUAGACUGGGGGGGGUGUCUGCAGGUGGACGCGCACACACACACACACGUCUCCAGAAAUGUGGACAGGUGGCAUUUAGCGUGAAGGUCCCCCCCUCCCCACUUUAGAGCAGUUUCGGCUAGUAAAAACAGGCCCUGUUUUUGCCCUGUUCUCUGAGGAGCAGUUUGUGCCGGACCCCCUCAAUGGAAGGUGCUCGUCUGCAAAGCCCACCCUAUUCCCCCCCAAACACAUUUGACCCCCUCCCCAAACACCAGGGCCCUCCCCCAUCUGUUCACACCUUUUGCAGCACCCACUAUUUGCGGGGAAAGGGGAGGGGAGGGGGGGUGUCCAACCUUCCCGAUCUUUGAAGACUUGUGGACUUCAACUCCCAGAAUUCCCCCCCAGCCAGAGAAUUCUGGGAGUUGAAGUUCACUGGUCUUCGAAGGUUGCACCCCAAUUGAACGAAUCCUCCUGAAACAAGAUUUCCCCAUUUGGGGUCCGAUGUGCCAUUUCUAGGAUACACCCCCCCCCCCUCUUGCAUCCGUUCUUUGGGUAUUUUAAAAGUAUUUUGGAGAAGAAUCUCCCACAGGACCGACUGAUCCCUCUCCGUUUUGCUGUUAGUUUCACGGGGGGGGGGGGGGACCGCAUCAUUUGGGGGGAGUUUUCUAACCUCCCAGCCCUGGGACCUCUGUACUCUGUAGAACAGAGUUGGCGAACCCUUUUGGCACCCAGUCCCGAACCGGGAGCGCGGGGGGAGGAAAAGCGCCCAAAACAAGAAGCGCACCUCACCAGGGCGCAAACACGGGAGCCCCGGAAAGCGGAAGAGAAGUUCCCCGGUGAGCUGGGAAGCUGAGCUUCCGUUUUCCGGUGUGCACAUGGAUGCCGGUCACUCGGUCUUCCAGUUUCUGGCGUGCAUGCCGAAAUGCGCCCCAGGUGGCACCAGAAGCCAGGAGUCCCGCUUCCCAGCCUGCACAUGCGGCCAGGGAGCCCCUCUCCUGGUUUCCAGCGCUCCCGUGCAUGCGAAGACCAGCUGUGCGUGUGAAGCCGGACGCCCGGAGAGACGGCUGUGGGUGCCCAGCCGUAGGCUCUUUCUCCGCUCCUCGCUUUGACCAGGCGCAUCACAACCACAAUUCAGCAUCUCUUUAUUUCAUUUUACUUUUUCCUCUUUUCGUUGCCAAGUGCACCAAAUCCCCCCACACACCUGUCCCAUCUCAGGUUCUCCCUGGAGCGGGGGCGAGGUGGGGGGGGACAGGUCUGGCCUUGAGAGCAAAAAAGGGGGGGCGGGAUUUUGCACCCCCCAAACGAACAAGUCCUUUUAAGACAAGUAUUUGAAAGCUUCGGGUUUUCUCUCUCCGGAGCGAAGGUAUUAAAUAAAUAAAUAAAAACAGUCCCGUUAAAAAAUUCGUUUUGAAGGCAGGGGGGGGGGUCGAUCAGGUGACUCCCCACCCCCCAUCCGUCCUGCUGCGGAAUCCGAAACGAAAACCUUUUGGAGGGAAAAAAAAAAGUCCUGGGUGGGGAGGGAAAUGUUUGUAAUAAGUUAUGGGAUCGUGGUCAUUUUUAUUUGGGGGAGUGGGGGGGGUCUCCUGGCUUUGAAGCUUUUUUUUGUUACAUUUGUGGAAAUUUAUGGAGGAGUUUUAUAGGAAAAAUUGAAAAGGAAAAAAAAAGAGAACCUGAAAUAAAAGGUGAAAGUUGCAAUCUG